AUGUGCCUUCACCCUGAUGUGUGCAGCUACAUUGGUAGUGUUAUAGACAGCCUCAAGACGUUGCUAUCAAAGGGAAGAGUUGACAAAAUAUCAGUUGUGAUUUUACAAGAAGAGACAAAUUCACCGAUUGAACGUUUUGUCUUAGAAGUUGGUGAAAUUAGAAACAGUUGGAAGGAAAAAGACCCACACCUGUUUCAAGCAGAGCAAGCACUCAGAAGUUUGCUGCUAAAACUAAAUGUGACUGAUGCAUUACUACAGCCUGCAGCAAAAGGACUUUCCGUGGACAGAAGCUGA